AAAUAAUAAUCCUAUUGAGAAAUUUGUCAUAGAAGAAGAAAUACUGUUAAGGAAAACAAAAUAAAUGGUAGAGAAAUAAAACAAUUAGUCUUACCACAAAAGUAUUGGAAGGAUGUCAUGAUUUUGUCACAUGAUAGCAAUUUAAGUGAACAUAGUGUCGUGCGCGCGUGAAGUUUUCUUUACAUUUAAUAUUGGUGUUUUAGCGUAUAGGAAGUAGUUUCUUUUAAGUGCGUUUUGUUGCAUAGAAUAUUGUGUGUGUGUGUGUUUACGUCAUCCUUAGUUCCCGCAAGAGAGAGAGAGAGAGCUUCUUUUGUGAGCUAGGUAGCUGGUUGUUUGUUUUCCCCUUGUAAGGGUACGUAAGUACAUAGUUUUAUUAAGUAGGCUGAUCUUUCGGUACGGGUGUCGCUAUUGAAAAGUUCUUUCUUGUAGCAGCAUCGCUAGAUCUAGGGUUUCUUUUCGUUUCAGGGUGUUAGGCUUUGGGCUAUGGGAAAGUGUGUCGCCUUUCCGCCUUUGGAGUUUUGCAGUAACUCUUGUUGUUGAGGUGUAGGGAGUUGAGGUUACGUUGGGCGCCGAGAUGGAGUGUGAGCGUGAAGUUUCCUUUGCAUUUAAUAUUGGUGUUUUAGCGUAUAGGAAGUAGUUUCUUUUUAGUGCGUUUUGUUGUCUAGAAUAUUUUGUGUGUGUGUGUUUGUUUUUACGUCAUCCUUAGUUCCCGCAAGAGAGAGAGAGAGAGAGCUUCUUUUGUGAGCUAGGUAGCUGGUUGUUUGUUUCCCCCUUGUAAGGGGUGUUAGGCUUUGGGAUAUGGGGAAGUGUGUCGCCUUCCCGCCCUUGGAGUUUGGCAGUAACUCUUGUUGUUGAGGUGUAGGGAGUUGAGGUUACGUUGGGCGCCAAAAUGGAGUGUGAGCGUGAAGGUGUGUUAUGUAAACUUAUUGGCGUGAUAGUAGACUAACUAUUAAUUUAAUGAUGAUUUCAAUGAUAAUGAUGUAUAUGUAAAUAUGUUGAUAACUUCUAAUUAAUUAUUAUUAAAUAUUGUUCAUAUUGAUAACUGUUGUUAUUCACUAACUGUUCAGUUGAAUAACUGUUACCCGAUGUUCGUAUGUUACAUGCCAUUACCUUUAGGUUCUGGUGUUACUCUGUUCAGGCUGGGGAUACGGGACCAUCAUAUCAUACCCUACUUAAGCGAAAAAACCCCACCUGACAGAAAUGGGGGCUCGUCGAAACAAUAUGUAAAUGUCAACGUUGUGACCUUUGUGUCCUUGAUGUGACCGCUAAGGCCAACAUAAAUUAUAUGACAUAUAUGUAAUGUUCAUGUAUUAAAUAAAAUUAAAUACAUUUAAGCCGUUUGAGCGGUCUAAUGCUUUAUGUACAGCACAAGAUUGAUUAGCUGGGCAUCCCUUGUAUUUUGCCUAAUGUGCUUAGUUCCCAUUUGUUUCGGAAAACUUAGAGUGUGUAGUUACUCUUUGAAACUAUUGUAACCUGUUCUUUUAUUUAUUGUCACCAACGCCUGAAUCCUCUGACUCUGAGCGGCAACGUGUGGGUGGAUCGAGUGCCUGUCGACGGGAUCGACCUGAAACUGUGUGUCUUGCUGGCUGGUGUACCGGAACCGUCCUGAAGUUAGAACCGUUGGUCUGCUCCAGUGGCUUUGGUUGUCUGUGGCUUUUCUCUUCUGCGGAGCCUGGAGUGAGGCGAUUUUCUUCCGACGCGGGAUACUGAGCAGAUAAGUCCUUGGCCCUGUUUUUGUCGAUGCGCCCGUGAUUUCAGUUCGCCCGUUGUAAUUAAGUAAUAAUAUAUUAUUUUUGUUUCUCUCUAUGAUCUAACUUUGGUUUGUUAGUGAUAGUUAGACUGUAAGUAGUAUUUGAUAGUCUGUGUGAUGGAGACGAGGUUGACUCUAACCGCCCAGUUCAUCAGUGACGGCCGUGCUCUCGGGUAUGAUGGUGAGAGGUUGGAGAGGUAUGUGGCAGAGCAGAAGGUUGAAUACGAGAGAGCCAAGAAGGAGGAGUUUGAACGAGAGACGGCUAGACUUGAGCGUGAAGAGAGGGUGAGAAAAGAGGCGAAGGCGGAGGAAGAGAGGUUGAGAAGAGAGGCGAAGGCGGAUGAAGCCGCUAGACAUGAACGGGAUGAUAAGGCUAGGCGUGAGGAACACGAGAGGUGGAAGGAGAGAGAUGCUAGAGAGGAGCUCAAGAGAAAAGAUGAACUGGAGUUGGCACGGCUUAAAGAGAAGUCGGCGCCAGAGGCAGGUGCAGUGGUAGGUCAGGCAGUUGAGGUGCGACAAAAGAAUGUCUUGGACAGGCUAGACAAGAACUUUCAAGGCAUGAAGGAAGAGGACGAUCUUCUGGCGUACCUGACGCACUUCGAGGCCGUAGCAGCAAGGUGUAAGAUUGAGAGUAAAGAGUGGGGCCUACUGUUGUCCUACAAGCUGACGACAUCGCUCAAAAACUUUAUGUUGAGGGACAGUCUGUUCCUUAGCGACAAGUAUGAGGAUAUUAAAACGGCACUUCUCCGCCACGCAGACAUCAAUGCGGAGACAUGCCGCAAAAGGUUCCACCGGGUCAAACCACGGCAGAAUGACUUCCGUGGGUAUGUGACCGAGUUGAGGACCGCACUGGACAACUGGUGUAAAAUGGCAGAGGUCGGUAAGACAGUAGAAGAGAUCAAAGAUCUUUUCAUUAAAAAUAGGAUACUAGAAAGCGUAUCAAAUGAGGUGUACAGGCAGCUCGUGUUAAACAAACUCAGCACAGUAGAAAAUAUGUUAGAGGUGAUUGAAGGUUUCAAGGUUGCUGGUUCUGAGGUAGCAAUAAGAAAGGAAGAAAGUGUGUAUGUGGCAGCAGCAUGUUGUGAGCCUGUGAUAAAGCAGAGUCCAGUGGUUAAAAGAAAGGUAAUUGUUUGUUUCAGCUGUGGUGAGCAAGGUCAUAAAUCAGCUGAGUGCCCUAAUGAAUUUGUUGCCCAAAAUAAUGAGACUGGUGUUGAGGAUGUAAAUCCCAAUGAUAUUGUCAAUGACCAAGACCAGCGAUCUAGACAUAGAUGACUAGAGGGUCGUCGCGAUUCGGAAGGUCGCCGUGGGUAUAAGCUGAUGCCAGAUCGCUAUACUGUAACUGUCAGAAAUUUGCCAUUUAAUAUUAAUUGGCAAAGGCUUAAGGAUAGAUUUAGGGAGUUUGGUUUGUUUGGUUUUGUGGAGGUUUUAGAGGCAAAUGGGAAGUCCAUGGGUGUUGGACAUGUAAGGUUUAAAAACUUAGCAGACGUUGCUAAGGCGGUUAGAUAUUUGGACAGGUCGAAAUUUGGUAGUAGAAGUAUUGUGGUAGUCCCUCAUCGUGUGAGCGCAAGAGGUUGACGUGAUGGUUAAGUUAGUAAUUUGGUCGCAUCGGUAAAUUUUGCGGGCGUGUGUUGAUGGGCUGGCACACACAUGAAAGUAUUGCGUUACUAGUUGGUUGUAGUAUUGGUAGUAGAGUAAAAUGUACAUGAUGAAGCUCAUGUAACAGAGCAUAUACCAUCGUAAAAGUACAAUCUUAUCCUAUUUGAAUUUAACAAUUGGAUCGGGGUUACGAAUCUAGUUGCA